AUGGCUGAAGAUGUCGCCUGCAUUGCCGAUGAUCAAUCAGUAAUUCAAUUGGGUCUUACCAUUGUACUAAAUGGUAUCUUGCACAAAUGUCGGAUCGUUAGUGAUUCGGUGAAGUACGAGCAGGAAGCAACGUGUUUCGACAACGGUGGUCAUUACUCGAUUGGUGACACAUUCCGUAAUGGCUCAUUCCGCUUGACUUGCAGACGGGAUGGUAUUACCAUUGAAGGGUGCUAUUUGCAAAAUCCUGGUUGA